AUGCAGGGCCAUGUUAUCAUGUGGCCAUUCUUUGAGGAGUGUUUCUUGGGGAGGUAUUUUCCCUAUGAUGCGCAGGAGAGGAAACAAGGGGAGUUUGAGCGGUUGGUGCAAGGCUUAAUGACAGUUGAUGAGUACUUAGCUAAGUUCAAUGAACUGGCCAAAUUUGCACAUUUCAGGAUUGCUAUGCCUACAUCGGCAUUUUUGGCAUCUAAGUUUCGUAGGGGACUUAAUGAGGAGAUUGCAGACAAGAUUGUUGGAGCUGCAUCCAGAGAUUUCGGCACAUUGGUUCAGCAGUGCCGUGACAUUGAGGAUGUUUGUGUGGUGAGUAAGGCCAAGAAGGCCAAAGUAUCUGAUGUAAAGGGGACUGAAGUAGUUGCAGUUGAUCCAAACAAGAUUGAGGCUAUGUUGGAUUGGGAGAGACCCAAGACCGUUACAGAAAUGAGGAGUUUCCUGGGUCUGGAGUUGAAGGAGAGACUGACAACUGCACCAGUGUUGGUUCUUCCUGAUUCUGCUGAGCAGAUUGAGCUGUAUUAA